AGGGAUGCGGCGCUCUCCAAUGAGCACAGGGAUCCAUCUGUUUCCUCACUUCCUCUGUCUCUCUCAGGGCUCAGCUCGAAACUCCUGUGCUGCUGGGCGGCCAUCUUGGAUCUCACUGUGAACGAUAGGCGUCAGACACAGUUGCUCGGCUGGAAUGGAACCGUUAACGAGCGCGUUCUCGCCGCGUCCCAGACGCCACUGACCGCAAAUCUUUACUCGGCAGUUACCGGUGAAUGUAUCAAACUGUCCGAUUGAAGGACCGUCGGAUGAGAAGAUUGUCUUUGGGGGGAGUUGCAGCGGAACUGCGGAGGCCCUGUGAAGUGCAAUUGUAUUCUUUCUUGAGCCGGACAUCCGAAAUAUGAAACAGACAGGCCUUUAAGCAUUAUGUUUUUAAUAGUGCACGAAUUAUGGUACCUAUAGCUAAUCGCGUGAGCUAUUUAGCAAUGUAUUAGAUGGAUGGACAACGAUAAAUACAGUAACAACGGAGCAUCCGGAACACCUCACCAAAACUUUUCUAGCAAGUUUGUUUCCAGUUUUAGAAAUAAAUCAAUGAUCUUGAUUAAUCCUUACAAUAGUAAAAUUUACAUUUUACCCUUCGUAAAAUCGCGGCUUACAUUGUGAAUCAUCGGGAAGCAGCUCGCUAUCAACAACAUGUCAACAACAAGAGCACCGCUGCCCACCGUCAACGAAAAGAAAGCUGAAAACCACACAACAAAUGGCCGGGCUGAGGUGACCUCUCGGUCUGUGCGGUCGAGUGGUCGAAACAGGAAUUCUGGAUCGGGGUUGGAUGAUGUACACCCUCUUGUUGGGAAUUACCGACUUCUAAAAACCAUAGGGAAGGGCAAUUUCGCCAAGGUCAAACUGGCUCGGCACAUCCUCACAGGAAGCGAGGUGGCAAUUAAAAUGAUUGAUAAAACCCAGCUGAAUCCAACAAGCCUACAAAAGCUUUCCAGAGAAGUAACAAUAAUGAAGAAUUUGAACCACCCAAAUAUCGUGAAACUGUUUGAGGUGAUCGAGACGGAGAAGACUCUGUUUCUGGUGAUGGAGUAUGCCAGCGGAGGUGAGGUGUUUGACUACCUAGUGGCUCAUGGGAGGAUGAAAGAGAAAGAGGCCAGAGCUAAAUUUAGACAGAUUGUAUCAGCUGUGCAGUACUGUCACCAAAAACACAUUGUGCACAGAGACCUGAAGGCUGAAAACCUGCUGUUAGAUGCUGAUAUGAACAUUAAGAUUGCUGAUUUUGGCUUCAGUAAUGAGUUCAUGGUGGGAAAUAAGUUGGACACGUUCUGUGGCAGCCCACCGUACGCCGCCCCUGAGCUCUUUCAGGGUAAGAAGUAUGACGGGCCCGAGGUAGACGUAUGGAGUUUGGGCGUCAUACUCUACACGCUGGUCAGCGGGUCACUCCCCUUCGAUGGACAGAAUCUCAAGGAACUGCGUGAAAGGGUGCUGCGGGGUAAAUAUCGAAUCCCUUUCUACAUGUCCACCGACUGUGAGAAUCUUCUCAAGAGGUUUUUGGUCCUAAACCCUGCCAAGAGAGGAACAUUAGAGCAAAUCAUGAAAGAGCGCUGGAUCAAUGCAGGCUAUGAGGACGAUGAGCUCAAACCCUUCACUCAACCAGAAACUGACAUCUCUGACCAGAAGAGAAUAGAUGUGAUCGUGGGACUGGGCUUCUCCAGAGAUAAGAUCAACGAGUCUUUGUCAAAAAUGAACUAUGAUGAGAUCACUGCCAUAUACUUGCUGCUUGGCAGGAAGACCAAUGAGGAGGUCAUUGACUCCAGCUCCAACAGUAAUCUGUCCGUGUCAAAGACUAGACCCAUCAGUGAGAUGAACGGCCAAUCGCCAGCUCACCUGAAGGUCCAGAGAAGCAUCUCCACCACUGAAUCCAGAAAAUCCAGACGCCAUAGUGAUCAGGUUGGUGUCACUAACUCAGGGUUGAAUAGCUCUAAAAGGACUGUCCCCAGCACAGGUGAUGAUGUCAAACAGGAGGGCGGGGUCACGGCACGUAAGCCCCCAUCACAUAGCCCUCCCAGCCCACUGCUGGGUAAUGCCAACAACCCUAACAAAACAGAAAUACCCGACCGAAAGAGAGGCAGCACCAUCACACCUAAUAAUAACUCUGGAUCUGGAGGCAUAUCAAGAAGAAACACAUAUGUGUGCACUGAUAGAAACAACACUGAUCGCCUGUCUGUUAUUCCAAAUGGGAAAGAAAACAGUGUGUCAUUGUCUCCUGGCUCACGGGACCCCGGGGCCUCCGCUCACAGCAUCAGCAAUGCUGCCACACCUGAUAAAACCCGUUUCCCUCGCGGCACAGCCAGCCGCAGCACUUUCCACGGACAGGUGAGGGAUAGACGAACAGCCACCUACAACGGCCCACCCGCAUCGCCCACCCAGCCGCGCAGCCGGGCUAAUGCCAACAACCUGCUCACCAAACUCACCUCCAAACUCACACGCAGAAAUAUGUCAUUCAGGUUUUCCAAAAGAGUCUCAACCGAGUUUGAGAGAAGCGGGAGAUUUGAGGGCUCAAGUCGCCAUGUAUCUGGGGAUCAGCAAAAAGAUGAAGGGAAAGAUGGAAAAGACGGCAAACCCCGCUCUCUCCGUUUCACCUGGAGUAUGAACACCACUAGCACCAUGGAGCCAGCCGACAUCAUAAAUGAGAUCCGCAAAGUUCUGGACGCAAACAGCUGCAGUUACCAGCAGCGCGAAUGCUUUUUGCUUCUCUGUGCCCACGGGGACACCCGCACGGAUAGCCUCGUACACUGGGAGAUGGAGGUUUGCAAACUGCCCCGGCUCUCACUUAAUGGUGUCCGUUUCAAGAGGAUAUCUGGCAACUCCAUCGCUUUUAAGAACAUUGCUUCCAAAGUUGCAGGCGAACUCAAGCUAUGAAUAUAUCUUUAAUCUAACUACCUAGAGGAAUUGAUGAAAUGGUUCAUUGUAGAAAAACAAAUUAAGCUGUACAAUCGUAAAAGUAGCAGUUAUUGAAUGUUUUUCUUUUUUCCUUUUUUUUAAUAAACCACUUGUAUUGAACAACGUAUAAGGGAUGGGCACAAGUGCUUGAGUACUUGGGCAACGAUCGAUCAUGAAAAUGACGAUUGUGUGGAUUUACAUCUUUUCCCCAUUCUUUGCAUUUCGGGCGGCACCUAGAUGUCUGAUCGCUCAGCAUUACGUGAGACUGGAGCACAGUGUUAGGAAAACGCAUCCAUGACUGAAGUUCACUUGAAUUUUGUGCAGAUCGAUUAAUUAUAAAUAGUACAUUCACUUUUCAGUUUUACCUGUUUAAAAAAAACACAUUGAAUUAUUAAUAAUCUAGAAGUGUUCAUUUCCCUGACAUAUUUUUGUAAAAAUGAUUUAUUUAAAUAUGUAAUUAUUGCUCUGAUACACACACACAACCCGCCCUACAGUACUCAAGUACUUGUUUUUAGACCUAUCGAGUGCUGAAAAUAACAAAUGUUCAAAAUGCCCAUCCCUUGAAUGUACAGACUUUUAACAUUGCUUAAAGCAAUAAUUUCUAGUAUUAUUGUGCAAGUUGUUGAAUGCUGUAAAGAAAACAGGAUUUAACCGUUCAGUGUUAUGAUUGUACGCACCACAUUAGACGAGAAGAGCCGACUCCUUGCCAUCCGACUGAUCAAUAAGAAAAUGGAUGCUGGAUUGAGAUUUGAUGGUUUUAUUUAGCUUUUUAAUAGGCGCUGUUAUGUGGUGGUUUUAAUUGUGUUUUGAGCGACCCAUGUGAAAAGGAUACUUUGACCAGACCUUGAAAAAAAGUUGCUCAAGACUUUGCUCUGCACCCUCUAUAUACUAAAGGUGCUCAUCUGUGAAAACAGCUGCAGUAAAUCUGAUCCGACUGAAGUUUCGCUGUUUGAAUGUUACGGAGCAAGAUUAAUUUAUUUCACAUUAUUGCCCACUCUAGUGUAUUUGUUUUUUUUUGUGUAAAUAAUGUACUUUAUGUGGUAAUGACACGUUUUAAUACUGUCCUUUUUUUUUGAGUUCUCUGAUACCAAAAGGGCAUCUUGUAAUCUUUUGCUUAUUUUACUCAUCACAGAUUCCAGUAAAAUAUCUCUUAACUUGUCACAGUGUUCAUUGCAGAGAUCUAAUACAGCUAUAAACUCAUCUUAACAUUGUCACCUGUA